UUUCUCUUUUCAAUUUCAGCAAACUCACACCAUUACCAAUCGCCGAUCUUCUCCAAACCCAGUGAGUUUCUCUGGUUAUUGAUCAAUAAUUUUGUUAAUUUCGUUUAAGUUUUGAUUCGAAUCCCGUCGGUUUCCGUAAAUCUCCACGAACUUUCAAUCUUUUCUUGAGAUUUCCGUUUGUUUUUAUCUGUAUUUUCAUUCGAAAUCCAAUGGGUUGCACCGUAAGGGAGAAGCAUGUUCGUACGAAUCGUAGGCCUCGAUCGGUGAAAGCCGAAUUCGAUCCGUGUUGUCACCAAGAACGAGCUUCACUCCACAAAUCGGUGCCCGAAUCGAUUUCCAAGCCGUUGGAUUACCAUAUAGGGCUCGGCGAUUCCAACACUGUUACCUCGAGCUCUAAUCCCGCUUCCAACUCGGAGGAUAGUGGAUGGGGUUACUGUACGGAGGAGCAAUUGGAGGAGAUUUUGAUGAAGAAUUUACAAUUUGUUUAUACUGAAGCUAUGUCUAAGCUUCUUGCGUUGGGUUACGAUGAGGAUGUUGCGAUGAGAGCGAUUUUGCAGAAUGGCCAUUGCUAUGGUACCAUGGACGUUCUAACGAAUGUACUGCAUAAUUCGCUGUCGUUUCUGAACGGUACAUGUGAGAAUGCCAACAGAGAAGCUGUUGGAGCUUCUGGCGUUUCUGAUGAUGGUGAUGGUGAUGGUAAUUUGAGUGCGGAUGAUCCUGAGCCUGUGUUCUCUGAUUUGAGGCAAUUGCAGGAGUACUCGUUGGCCGGUAUGGUGUGUUUGUUGCAACAAGUUAGACCUAAUUUGACUAAAGGAGAUGCUAUGUGGUGUCUGCUUAUGAGUGAUCUUCAUGUGGGUCGGGCAAGUGCCAUGGAAAUUCCGGUGCUUCCUUCGCUACCAAGUAAUGUUAAUGGGUUUGGGUCGGCAUCUGGUGCCAAUGUUGAGAAUGGUAAUAGCCAACCAGUGGGAUUUCUAGCACCAUCCCUUUGUAAAUUUCAUGGUGGUUCAGGUUUUGGGAAUGGUGGGAGUCCAGAAUUUUCUCUUAAUGGGUUUCUGUCAUUUCCUCCUGAUAUGCAUUUCUAUAGAGAUAUUGAGUGUCCAAAGAGGUUUAAUCUUUCUCCUUCAAUGAAGUCGUUGUUGAAGAGGAAUGUGACUGCAUUUGCUGCUGGUUUUCGAGCAAACUCGAAGCAUCUUCAGGCUCAGUAUCAAGCUAGUGCAAAUGCAUUACCAAGUGAAAGUUCCCCUGUCGUACAAGGUGCAGCUGCAGUUCCAAUGGAGAAAAGUGAGGAGUCUCAGAUUUCAAGGAACCAAGAUGCUGUUAAUUCAAUGUUGAGUAAAUUUCGUGACUUGAAACUUUAUGAGAAUUUGGAUUUUGUGGCAGAAGAUCAAAAGGAUGAAGUUAUUGUAAAUCUCCUGCAUCAGAUUAAAGAGCUUGAGAGACAAGUAAAGGAGCGGAAAGAGUGGGCGCAUCAAAAGGCAAUGCAAGCUGCAAGGAAACUAAGCCAUGAUCUCACAGAGCUUAAAAUGUUGAGGAUGGAAAGGGAAGAGACCCAACGCCUGAAAAAAGGCAAACAAACUUUAGAGGACACAACAAUGAAACGAUUAUCCGAGAUGGAGAAUGCCUUGAGAAAAGCUAGUGGUCAAGUGGACCGUGCAAAUGCAGCAGUGCGACGACUUGAGACAGAAAAUGCAGAAAUUAGAGCAGAGAUGGAAGCUUUGAAGUUAAGUGCCUCAGAGUCUGUCACAACUUGUUUGGAGGUUGCGAAGAGGGAAAAAAAAUGCCUAAAGAGACUACUGGCCUGGGAAAAGCAAAAAACUAAAUUACAGGAGCUGAUUGCAGAAGAGAAGGAUAAAAUAUCAGAGUUGCAAGAUGAAUUGGAGCGGAUCAAGUUAGCUCAAAAGGAAGCUGAGGUGAGGUGGAGGCAGGAGGUGAAUGCUAAAGAGGCAGCCAUGGCGCAAGUGGAAGACGAAAGACGUAGCAAGGAAGCAGCAGAAGCAAGUAGUAAAAGAAGGCUCGAGGCGCUGCGCCUUAAGAUAGAGAUAGAUUUCCAGCGCCACAAGGACGAUCUCCAAAGGCUCGAACAAGAUCUUUCACGUCUAAAAGCAUCUGCACAAUCCACCGAAUUGCACCACCCAUCUAAUAACACUCCAAAAGGGAACUCCGAAGGUGUAAAACCGGGAGAAACGAUAGCAAAAAUGCUUCGGGAAUUAGAUAGUUACGAGGAUUCUUCAGAGAGAGAGAUCAACCAGGACCACGAAUGCAUGAUAUGCAUGAGAGGUGAGGUCUCUAUCGUAUUCCUGCCUUGUGCUCACCAAGUUCUGUGUGCGAGUUGCAGUGAUAACUAUGGCAAAAAGGGUAAAGCAACAUGCCCGUGCUGCCGGGUUCCCAUAGAACAGCGAAUCCGAGUUUUCGGUGCGAGUUUGUAAUCAAUAGUAUGAGUUUAAAAGAGUGUACUAUGUCCCAAACUGUAACUUUUUUUCUGUGUUUAAGACACUGCAUUUUCACUGCUUGGUGAUGCUUUUGAAUACAUGUACUUGAAUAUGAAUAUGCUUCUGGUAUAUCAUAAUGGUUUAUCAGUGUAAAUAAAUAAACUGAAAGUUGUCUAAGGCAACAUUUCCAAA